ACGAGGAAGUGGAGUGCUAUAGCCGAGCUGUAGCAGCAUAGCUAAGCACUGCGGCUGCUGUUACACCAUAUUUUUACAUCCGUAACCACCCGAUUUCCGAAUUGAGACAUAGAAUCUUGUUUGUGUUUUUGUUUUGUUUUGUUUUGUUUUUGCUACCGCGGAGAAAUUCACCUGUGCACUUCCUCACCGAUUCAGAAACUUGAAGCUUUAGCAAAGAGGAGAUUUCACUCGGGGGCUGCUUUGGUCUAUUGAUCGGUCCUCAGGGAUGAAGGCUGUGAUGCGGAGGAUGGGAGGAGAGCGCGAGGUGGAAGGAUUCAUGCAGCAAGAACAGAUGUCGGAGGAAACCUGAGUGCCCGGAGAAAACUCGCAAAGGCACGGCGGAGAACAAACUCCACACAGGCGGGUCUGGGAUUGAAUCCGGGACCUCAGAACUCACGUCUGCCAAAUGUUCUCCUCGGAUUUCUUUGGCAUCAGGUGCCCGGCGAACGCCCGAUGUGGACGGAAUCGGCUCAGCAGCAGUCUUGGCCGAUGGAGGGCCUUCGUGCCGUUGUAGCACAGUGGAUUACUGCUUCGCACAUGUGGCUCACAGUUCUGAUGACCGGCAUUCACCUCCGAGGCCCGCCUCUCUGGGGUUUGCACGUUCUCCCCAUGCGUGGGUGGAUUUUGUCCAGGCACUCCCAUUUCCUCCCACGUCCCCAAAAUGUGUGGUAAAUAAUGGCGAGCAAUCCAUGGCUGAAGGUCCUUGCCAACCUGGCUUCUCACAAAGCUUCUACUCCGUCUUAAUCCCAAGGGAUAUAUUGCAAAGCGAGGCCGUACGUAAAGGUGCCAGUUUGUCAUCACAGAAGGUGAAGUUUGAUGACUGCAUGGGGAACAAAGCGCUGGUUUUUGAGAGCAGCGAUCCCAAUUUCGCUGUGCGGAGAGAUGGGUCCAUCUUUGCUCAGGGAGAGGGAGCUUCCUUGGAUGAGCCGGUCCAGUUCAAGCUAACGGCGAGUGGUCCCCGCUCUUACGUCUGGAAGACCGUGAUCCAGCUGGCACUGAUAGACCCCCCUUCACGUCAACAAAAUGAGAAUGAGGUCACAUCCAAAGAGGAGAAGGUUGCUGAGAGGAAAGAGAAGAAGGCACCACUUCCUGUCAUCAUGUUCUCGGGGGCCGCCCGGAACACCUCCAAGGGUCUACGACGGCAAAAGAGGGACUGGGUGAUCCCGCCAAUCAAUGUUGCUGAAAAUUCCCGAGGACCGUUCCCUCAGAUGCUUGUCAGCAUUCGCUCAGACCAGGAUCAGGACAUUUCCAUCCGAUACAGCAUCACCGGGGUGGGAGCAGAUCAGCCGCCUAAUGAGGUAUUCAACAUUGACCCUGUGCUUGGAAAAAUGUUUGUCACCAAACCUCUGGAUCGAGAACAUCGGUCGUCCUACCACCUCCGAGCACAUGCUGUGGACAUGAACGGGAACAAAGUGGAGAACCCCAUUGAUCUGUACAUCUUUGUUAUCGACAUGAAUGACAACAGACCGGAGUUCAAGAACCAAGUCUACAAUGGUUCCGUGGAUGAAGGGUCAAAACCAGGAACCUACGUAAUGCACCUGUCCGCCUUUGACGCUGAUGACAACACAACGGCCAACGGAAUGGUGCGCUAUCGAAUAUUGUCCCAGACGCCCCACAGCCCCAUCCCAAACAUGUUCACCAUCAACAGUGAGACUGGAGAUAUUGUGACCGUGGCACCUGGUCUCGAUCGAGAGAAAGUGUCCCAGUAUACUAUCAUCGUGCAAGCCACAGACAUGGAGGGCAACCUGAAUUUUGGUCUCUCCAACACGGCCACCGCCAUCAUCACCAUCACCGACAUAAACGACAACCCCCCCAUGCUGACCUCCAGAACGUUUUCCGGCGAGGUUCCUGAGAACCGGGUGGAUGUAGCGGUGGCUAACCUGACGGUGAUAGAUGCCGACCAGCCGCAUUCCCCCAACUGGAACGCUAUUUAUAGGAUCAUCAGUGGCGAUUCAUCCGGGCACUUCAUCAUUCGCACUGACCCUGUAACCAAUGACGGCAUGGUGACUGUGGUAAAGGCGGUUGACUUUGAGAUGAACCGAGCCUUCAUGCUGACAGUUGUGGUGUCCAACCAAGCCCAUCUUGCCAGUGGGAUCCAGUCCUCCCUCCAGUCCACAGCAGGUGUAACCAUAUCAGUGCAGGAUGUCAAUGAACCCCCUUACUUCCUCACAAACCCAAAACACAUCCGAUUUGAGGAGGGCGUCCCAACCGGCACGAGUCUAACGACAUUUUCGGCCACGGAUCCCGAUCGACUGCAGAUGCAGCAGACAAUCAGGUACUCCAAGCUGAAUGACCCUGCAGAUUGGUUGUCAAUUAACAGAACCAAUGGGCAGAUCGUUACCACGGCAAUCCUCGACAGGGAGUCUGUCUAUGUGAAAAACAAUAUAUAUGAAGCAACGUUCCUGGCAACAGAUAAUGGCUCUCCUCCAGCCAGUGGUACCGGCACACUGCAGAUCUAUCUGAUAGAUAUUAAUGACAACCCCCCAGCACUCAUAAUCAGGGAGUCUCAGAUCUGUGAGCAGAUGAACAAGAAUGCCAACGGUGUCAAUAUCACUGCUACGGACGCCGAUACUGACUCCAAUGCUGGGCCUUUUGUUUUUGAGCUGCCCACUUAUCCUGAAAGCAUCAAACGCAACUGGACAAUUACACGACUCAGUGGCAACUAUGCUCGUCUCAGUCUGCCAUACCAUGUCUAUUUUGAGCCCGGCGUGUACGAGGUCCCGAUAACUGUGUCCGACUCCGGAAACCCUACCUUGUACAACAGGUCUGUCAUCAAAGUAAAAGUGUGUCCGUGCGAUCUAAACGGAGACUGCACGACUGUGGGCGCUGUGGCAGCUGCCGGCCUGGGAACCGGAGCGAUAAUCUCUAUCCUGAUAUGCAUCAUCAUUCUGCUCAGUAUGGUCUUGCUGUUUGUGAUGUGGAUGAAGCGCAGAGAGAAGGAGAAGCACACCAAACAGCUGCUCAUCGACCCCGAGGACGAUGUCAGGGACAACAUACUGAAAUACGACGAGGAGGGAGGGGGAGAAGAGGACCAGGACUAUGACCUGAGCCAGCUGCAACAGCCCGAGUCUUUGGAGCACAUCAUCAGCAAGCCCCCCGGCGUCCGCAGGGUGGACGAACGGCCCAUCAUCCCGGAGUCCCAGUACCCCAUCAGGCCUGUUGUGCCUCACCCGGGCGAUAUCGGCGACUUCAUCCAUGAGGGCCUACGAGCGGCUGACAAUGACCCAACGGCGCCCCCUUAUGACUCUCUGCUGGUGUUUGACUAUGAGGGCAGCGGCUCCACCACAGGGUCGGUCAGCUCUCUCAACUCCUCCAGUACGGGGGAGCAGGACUACGACUACCUCAACGACUGGGGGCCCCGUUUCAAGAAGCUUGCCGACAUGUACGGAGGGGGGGUGGAGGAUUAAAUCGCGCACGAGCACACGCCCGCACUCACGCCCCCCUCGUCCUGUCAGCUGGCCUGCCACCCUCUUUCCCCGUCAACACCAGGCCCCGUUCCUGAAAACAACGCAGUUCACACUGACCGAUCGACCAAUCAACCUACCAAACUCCUGAAGUCUGGCGCCGUUGCACGUUGGACUGCAAAAGAAGCUUUGAAUUGCUUGGUUAUCAUGUUUUUUCGAGUGAAGACUCAAACCCAGUUUUGACGUUAGUCGUUUCUGUCAGAUUAUUUUGUGCCUUUUUCCCCCCCCCCUCUGUAGCUCUUUUAGUUUGAUGAUUUUUUUUUUUUUCCCCUCCACAACAAGAGUCAUUUCUUAUUCCUGAAGGUUUUCACUUUCCUCUCGCUGUCAGCCCCUGCCUGCCUCCCUGCAGAAGCUUUAGGUUUGAGCAUCUUUGUCUUGGGGAGGGGAGGACAACAACAACAAAAAAAGAAUAAAAACCCAGAUAUGACAGUC